AUGGGAGUUGACUUCUGUGUUCAAGGUACGAUAGUUCCAAUGUCGGCCAGGAAGAAGAAAGUGUCCACCGGGCUGGGCGCCCUGCAAUGGCAGCGGCAGCUCCCGUUUUCGGCGAGCGCCCUGUUGUUGCUUGCGUCGCUCCCCAUGGCGCUGAGCUCCACUCUCUCCGGCAUUUCCCACGUGUCGGAAUUCACCAAUGGCGUGCCGUACCAAGCGCCUCUUAUCGAGCCGCUCAACCGGCUCGGUGUGCAGGAGGACACGGCUGCGAAGAACAUGUCUCAGUUCGUCCACAUUGGUUGCUUCAUCGCUUCCAUGGGCAUCACGAGGGACGCGGAGCAGGACACGCACUUCGACCCGAGCGCCUGCGUGGAUGUCUGUCGGAGCCGCUAUCCUAACGCAGCCCUCAAGGACAUCGCGGUAGCUGUGCAUGGUCCGCGGUGUGGCUGUGCGCUAGGAGCUCUUUACGAUACCUUCACCGAAGCCGACCCCAGCUUCUGUACUAUGCAGUGCAAGUUUUUCGAGAACCCCAUUUGCGGGGGCUUGCCCUCCUUUUGGGGAGUUUUCGUUCAGUACGACUUUCAAUCCUACGCCUCCCAUGGGGCCUACGACCCAUGGCGGAAGAUUUGGUACUCGAUCGUCGCUGUGCGCGAAGCCACGAUUAUCGGGGAUGAGGUCCACACCCUGGAGAAGGCCCAGGAGGUCAUGAGCCAGGCGCUGUCGGCGAAGCGCCCGGAGCUGCAGACGGAUGCCUUGACUUUCAAGGAGGAGAUGCGGAGGGUGCAAGAAGAGCACCCAGAGAAGAAGCAUGACUUCACCUUCUGCCGUCACGAAGUCCUGAGGAAGCUGACAGGCGAUGAUCAGCUAGCAGAAGAAGUUUUCCAAAUCUGGCACCGUCAGAGGAACAGCCCAACACUGUUCCCUGGCGCUCUUGAUGCAAUCCGUUCGCUGAAGUCCAAGGGCGUUUCCAUUGGCACGCUGACGGAUGGCAAUGCCAAUCCCUUCACAAUCGAUGGUCUGAAGGACGUCAUCGAUUUUGCCGUGAACGCCGUCGAGGCUGGUGCUCCCAAGCCCGAUCGGCGAAUGUUUGCGCUCUGCGAGAGCAAAGCCGGCCUGGGCCCGGAAGCCAUGGUUAUGGUCGGCGACAAUCCAGCCAAGGACGUGGAGGGAGCGCUAGAUGCAGGUUGGCGGGCCAUUUGGGUAAGGCCGCCGGAACCGUCCAUUCUGCGCAGUGCCUUCGACGUGGACGCCGGUGGCUCUGGUCCGGCUCUGCGGCGAGCACACGCCGACGUGGACCACGUAUUGGAGGCGGAGCCAGAGGGGCGUAAAGAAAUGCGAGCAAGUUCGCAAUCCAGUCGCCACUCAUCGGAAGGCAUCCAGUACGACUUGGACUCGGGCCGCCUCGUGGGCGUCCUGACUUCGGUUCUGCAGCUUGAUGAGGGUUUCACUUUGAGCUUUGGCGGGGUCUCCGCGAACCCUUUUGCCUGCCGCAGCAUCCUUGAAUGCGGAGAAAGUCUACCACAGAAAGAUGGAAAGAUGGAAUGUCAACAGCCCGCGGAGGAGACAGAGGGCAUGGAGCAUCAUGUGUCAUUCAAUGUCGUUUGCCUCGAUGGAACGUACUACUUGUGGACAGCGUUUAUCAACACAAUCAACAUCACCCACCCAAAGAUCGAGUUUGAUGAGGAGCUGCCCAUCCUCAACUUUGGAGAGCAGAUGACGGAGCAGUUUAUGGCCUGGACGACGAACUCGGCGAUCUUCUCUAGGAAUGGCCAGGAUGUCUUCGUCUUUUGCCAAGCAGAGCCUGCCGGAUUGCUGAAGAAUACCAAGUCUCGGGUGUACUUCAUCAGCAUCCCGGACGCCGUGAUCAUCGAGGCUCAGGGCCUGGACUUCACCGUGCUGCAGCUGAUGGUCAAUGAGAAGCAUCGAGACGUCAUCGCGGUUGGCCAUCGGUCCGGAAACAUGAUGAUCGUCAUGAUCGCGAGGAUCUAUUUCAACCAGCUCGAGAACGCCAAGCGAGUGGAAUGGCUCUACACGCCGGCGCUGCCCCAGCGACUGGUGCCGACGGAGGACUUCGGGGACCUCUUCCUGACGCCCGGCUUGGCCGUCAGCGAGCAUCUUUUCAACAAGAGCUUCAUCAUGGUCAGGAAGUACCCGGUGGACUGGCUGGAGCCCCGAGAGCCCGAGUUGUAUCCACCUAUUCUCAUGGAGAUCAACAUCCGCGAGCCUAUUUACUUCGACUGGUGCCCAGAAGAUUGCCAGGGCACGGUCACCUACAAGUCUCCAUACACGCCCAUCUUCAACAAGGAACCGCGGAUUCCACUGUCGCUCGCAGCACCUGCGCUGGUGUACGCCCGCUUCAGCAUGGAGGCAGUAACCAUUGACGUGAAGUUCGACCGGGCGACCUUGCGUGGUGCCUUGCCGCUGGACACCACCAACGACAUCGUGCCCGAUAUCAUCGACUACACCACGCAGCUCACUGGCGAUGCCUGGGACUGUGCGAACACCUUCGAUGAGGACACGGUGAUUCUGCUGGGCCCCUUCCCGGAGACGUCCUGCAAAUGGGCCGCCGAUGACUUGAUCCAGGUUUCUUUGCCCCGGCUCUUCGACAUUCAGGUUGGGGACCAGAUCUUUCUGCAGGCGGACACGAUUUACACGAUCCCGCGGCCACAGGACAACGAGUACUCCAUGGCGGCGCAGGGCGGCAUCGCAAUCUCCCUGCCGGAUCCCUUGGAAGAGCCAGUGGUGAUUAUCACGGGGACGACUGAGAUCGACGAGUGCAGCCCACUCCAGCUGUCUGCGAGCGACAGCUACUUCUUGGGUGGGCAGGCCACCUACAGGUGGGAGCUGCUCUCCUACCGAGAUCUCACCAACAACCCGGCCGGACGAAUCUUUAACCAAACGGCACUGGAUCUCUUCCGCUUCGUGUUGGAGAAUGCCACGAACUUCAACGACGGCCAAGUGGUCUCCCCGCCCAACUACCUGGAGGAGGCGGUCGGCUUCAUGAUCAACCUCACGGUCACCAGCCGAUGGGGUCUCUCGAAGAGCGAGCUCGUCGAAGUGACGAAGCUCGACUUCCCCGCACCGAUGGUUAGCAUCCUCGGGCCGAAGGAACUUCUCGUGAACCGCACGGAACAAGUGUCUCUACUGGCGAACGGUGUGCCAUCGGAGUGUGCCACGGUCUCCCGUCAGCUUGGCUACCGGUGGUCCGAGACCACGGGGCAGCUGGAUCUCCCGUUCAUGGACGGGAUCGUCUACACCACACGCUCCUUGGUCAUACCACCCUUUGUGCUGGAGCCCAUUGGCAGCGGCAGCGAUGUGAACAUGUACAACUUCACUGUCGAGACCUUCGCAGUCGACAACCCGAGCAAAGCGGCGUAUGCAUCGGUGACCGUCAGGGUCCGCCGCUCCCCGGUCUUCGCAGCCUUGGCGACGGAGGAUCGGCUCAUGACGCGCGGAGACAUCUUGGUGCUCGAUGCGCGGCAAUCGCAGGACCCGGACUACCCCACGAAUCCGGGCAUGACCUUCGUGGGCACCUUCACCUGGUGGUGCCUCACGCCGGGCCGGCUGCCCUGCUUCGGGGCCAACUCCACGGGAUUGAUCCCCCCGCUGGAGACCUGCAUCACGGACUUCGACUCCAGGAUAGUGCAGGGCGGCAUGACCUUCUCACUGCCGCUCUUCGACGAGGGUCUCUACUGCAGAUGGGCCCGUGGCGUGCUUAUGGUCUCUACAGUGAACUUCACAGAGGGCGAGUACCUCUUCGAGGUGCAGGCUCAGGCCAACGAUGGCCGUCGGUCGAGCAAGGCUGUUCGGAUCACGAUCACCGAGUUGGUGGUUCCCCAGAUCCUUCUGGCUAUCGACAACCCCAUGCCAAAGUUCCCGGUCACAACCGAGAUCAGCAUCUCGGGGACCGUCGAGAGCGAGUUAGAUCCGACUGUGGAGCUCGAGUUCUCUUGGCGGAUACUUGUCUUCUCGUCGAAUCCGCUCUACGACGGGGACCUCGCGCGAGAAGCGGAGUCGGACAAUGACCCGACCACGGUGUACCUGGUGGACAAGAUGGUGUACAUAGACCAAACAGAUGUGUACGACGUCACGAAUGCGUCACGCUUCUUUACCAGGCCGGAUUCUCCGAAUAUGAUCAUCAAGGGGAACGUGCUACAAGAGGACACUAUAUACAAGGUGCGGCUUGUGAUGACAGUUGGCGGCGGCCUGGUGGAAGGCUUCUCCGAUGUCUCCUUGCAGACCGCCGGGCUGCCACCCAGAUCUGGUACCCUAAUCUCGGCACCGCUCAACGCCACCAUGGACACGAAGAGGGUGAUCUCAGCCCCGGACUGGGUGGCCAACGACCUGCCCCUGAACUACCAAUUCGGCCCGAUGCUCAUGAUGAUUUGCCGGUUGUCGCUGGAUUGCCGCAAGAGCGAGCGGCUGAUGCGCAUGUUGCUGGCCCCGUUUGCUGGCCUGGAUCCAAUCACCGUACGGCUCAACACGGCCCCGCAGCGGGUGCAGCAGAUCGAGGUUGAUGAGCUACCGAUCGGCGAGCCAAGCACUGGCUUCUCGCUGGAAGUUUUCGUGGACGUCAUCACCCCUUUCGGGGCCACUACGACAAGGACGAUCCAGGUGUUCUCUUUGCCGCCAAAGAAUGCGACUGCCAUCAUCAACAGAAAGAUGGACGAAGCCAGAACGUCGGACCCGGAAACGGCCGUGAAUACUCUCAUGACCAUCAUCAACAUCAACCAGGCGCCGCCGUUGCCUCCCGGAGUUCCAGCUGCACCUGAAGAUCAAGCAGUGCUUGAGCAGGUCCGCGAAGUGAUGAUCCAGGCCACAGCCGCCGCCCCGGUGACCAUGAACACGGCCACGAAUCAGGCCGUCGUGACCAACUCGCUGAUCGACCAGGGCCUCAAGGACGUUGAGUCCAUGAAUCUCCUGGAGGACCUGGUGCAGAGGUCGGCAUCUGCAGGCCUCUUCGACAUCAACGACCCCUCCUUGAUCACGACCUGCCUGGUCGCCAUUGGCAACAUCCUUCCCGACGAUGGCGCCCCGACGGCGGCGGCACCAAUUGGAAGGAGCGUCGGCAUGCAAGCGUACAGCAUGGUCAGCCCACUCGAAGAGCUCACAUACGAGUACCAAACCGUGCGUGCCAGUGACGAGGAGCUCAUCGCCAGUCAAGUGCUCAGCACCAUCAACGGCCGCCAGCCGCAGAACCACCCUUUGCCAUUCAGAAAUGAGCGCGUGAUCGACAAGUGCGAGUCGGCCUACUGCGACAUGAUCUGGCUGCUCUGCAUCCAUCAGGACGGAACGAGGACCCUGAAGUUCAUGUGCUGUGAUGCGCCUAACCCUGCCACCUUCUGCGACAACCCGCCGUGCUGGUUCUUUGGCAAUAGGUGUCCAGAUACCGGCACGGCGGGUAGCUUGGAGUCUCCCUCUGCCUCGGCGGCUGCGCUGGCUGCUUCACGAAGGCCAGGCUUGGAUCUUUGA